AAAGAGUUCAAAGAGUACAAACUUGAUGUAUGCAGAGAGUACAUGAGAGGUAGAUGUACCAGAAGUGAUCAGGGCUGCAAAUAUGCCCACCCUCCACCGUACGUUGAGGUCAUUGAUGGCAAAGUCAUCGUCUGUUUUGAUUUUACCAAGGUUAAAUUUGUUUCUCCAUUUUUGAAUAUU